CGAAAAUGAGCAGUCCUGCUACAUCAACGUAAGUGAGAGGAGAAUCGCCGUCGCACCGGGCGCCCGCUAACCCAACCAGGCCAGAGAUGGCUCGGGGGGGGCAUUCACCUUCGAUCAGGUGUUCCCCAUGGACUCCAAGCAGCAGGACAUCUUCAACUUCUCGAUCCGGCCCACCGUCGACGACAUCCUGAAUGGGUACAACGGCACGGUCUUCGCGUACGGUCAGACCGGUGCGGGAAAGUCUUACACCAUGAUGGGUUCCGAUAUCGACGACGACAUCGGCAAGGGUAUCAUUCCCCGUAUUGUCGAGCAGAUCUUCGCCAGUAUCCUCACCAGCCCGAGCAACAUGGAGUACACUGUGCGAGUGAGUUACAUGGAAAUCUACAUGGAGCGGAUUCGCGAUCUGUUGGUGCCGCAGAACGACAAUCUACCCGUACACGAGGAAAAGUCGCGCGGUGUCUACGUCAAGGGCCUGCUGGAGGUCUACGUCUCGAGCGUGCAGGAGGUGUACGAGGUCAUGCGGCGGGGUGGUGCGGCCAGAGCGGUCUCGGCCACCAACAUGAACCAGGAAUCCUCCCGAUCCCACUCCAUCUUCGUCAUCACCGUCACACAGAAGAACCUUGAAACCGGAUCCGCCAAGAGUGGUCAGCUGUUCCUGGUCGAUCUGGCGGGUAGUGAGAAAGUUGGCAAGACGGGCGCCAGCGGUCAGACCCUGGAGGAGGCCAAGAAGAUCAACAAGAGUUUGAGUGCGCUGGGCAUGGUCAUCAACGCGCUGACGGACGGCAAAUCCACGCACAUCCCGUACCGUGACUCCAAGCUCACCCGAAUUCUGCAGGAGAGUCUGGGAGGUAACUCGAGGACGACGCUCAUCAUCAACUGCUCCCCCAGUAGCUACAACGACGCGGAAACCAUCUCCACUCUGCGGUUCGGUGUGCGGGCCAAGGCGAUCAAGAACAAGGCGAAGGUCAACGCCGAGCUGAGUCCGUCGGAGCUGAAGCAGCUGCUCCGCAAGGCCCAGAGCCAGGUGACCAACUUUGAGUCCUACAUCUCGAAUCUGGAAACCGAAGUGCAGGUAUGGCGAAGCGGUGAGGCGGUUCCCAAGGACCGGUGGACCCCCGCCCGCGGCGACGCCGUCAGCGCGACCAAGGCGGAAGCCCGCGCCCCCCGCCCCGGUACGCCUUCGCGCUUGCAGGAAACCGCGCGCUCCGAGACUCCGCGUCCGGACUCCCGGCUGGGCGACCGCUCCAGCACGCCGAGUCUGGUUCUCGAAAAGGACGAGCGGGAGGAGUUCCUACGCCGCGAGAAUGAACUGCAGGACCAGAUCGCGGAGAAGGAGUCGCACAUCGCGAGCAUCGAACGGGGUCUCCGGGAGGCCCGGGAGGAGCUGAAGAACAUGAAGGAGAACUCCGCACGGUCGGGCAAGGACAACGAUAAGCUGAUGACCGAAGUUAACGAGCUGCGCAUGAACCUGGAGAAGGUCUCCUACGAGAGCAAAGAGGCCGGCAUCACCAUGGACAGCCUCCGCGAAGCCAACUCCGAGCUGACGACUGAGUUGGACGACGUCAAGCAGCAGCUUCUGGACGUGCGGAUGAAGGCCAAGGAGACCAGCGCCGCCCUGGACGAGAAGGAGAAGAAGAAGGCGGAGAAGAUGGCAAAGAUGAUGGCCGGCUUCGACCUGGGCGGGGACGUGUUCUCCGACAACGAGCGCAAGCUGCAGGACCUGAUUCAGCGGGUGGAUUCGCUGCACAAGGUCAGCGAGGCCGGCGAGACGAUCGCGCCCGACGAUCUGGUGGAGCUGCGGACGAGCCUGAUGGAGACGCAGGGGUUCAUCCGGCAGGCGGAGCUGACGAUGAACGACCGGGGCGAGCUGAGCGAGCUGCAGGACAGCCGUCGCGUGGAGCUGGAGGAGAAGCUGGCAACUCUCAAGCGGGACUAUGAGAACCUCCUGGAGCGGAACCUGGGCGAAGGCGACGCGGAGGAGAUCCGGGAGCGACUGGAGAAGUUGUACGUGACGCGCAAGGAGGCGGAGAUGGAGGCGGUGGCGGAGCUGCGCAGCGAGAUCGCGCGGAAGGACGAGGAGCUAGGCAAGAUGCGGCAGACACUGACGGACUCGCAGACGCGCGUGUCGACCAACGGGGCGGCGGGCAAGAACCUGCAACAGCAGAUCGCCGACUUCGACGCGAUGAAGAAGUCGCUGAUGCGCGAUCUGCAGAACCGCUGCGAGCGGGUGGUGGAGUUGGAGAUCUCGCUUGACGACGCGCGCGAGCAGUACAACAACGUGCUGCGGUCGUCGAACAAUCGCGCACAGCAGAAGAAGAUGGCAUUCCUGGAGCGCAACCUGGAGCAGCUGACGCACGUGCAGCGGCAGCUGGUGGAGCAGAACAGCAGCCUGAAGAAGGAGGUGGCCAUUGCGGAGCGGAAGCUGAUCGCGCGCAACGAGCGCAUUGCCAGCUUGGAGAGCCUGCUCCAGGAGAGCCAGGAGAAGCUGACCCAGGCGAAUCACCGCUUCGAAGCACAACUCACGGCGGUCAAAGAGCGCCUGGAAGCCGCCAAACAGGGCUCGACGCGCGGUCUUCCAAGUAUGGAUGGCAGCGGCAAUUUCAGUUUUGGCGGCUCGCGAAUUGCAAAGCCGCUGCGAGGCGGCGGCGGCGGCAACGACGGCCCCGCGGCGGCGCCCGUCGCCGGCGUCCAGUCGCAGGAGUCCGGCAAGCGCACCAGCUGGUUCUUUGAUCGACGAUGAUCCACGAUUUCUCUUUUGCUGUCUCUUUUAUCCCUUCUCCGAAAAUAUUUGAUCUUGGAUAAGGGGGAAUGUUGUUU